GUAAAAUGAUACUAGUUUUUUUUAUAGAGAAAAGACAAUCUCCUUAUUGUUGAGAGACAGAUGCACCCAUAUUUCUUCCAUAUGGAUAAAGUUGUCACUGUGAAGGCAGUAAGAAGAAAAGCCCCACACGAAACUAGUCUACAGAUCCAAACAAAGCUGUGUAUAUACAUAUCCUCAAAACUCAAGAUUGCAUUUGCACAGCAAAAACAAAUUACCCCUCGCGCCAAAUAAUUACUCCACCUGAUCACCUAAAAAAUUCCACAAAAAAUUCCCAAGAUGUUGGAUGUGGCCGAGUACUCAUCCGCUUCAGAGUGUUGUUUUGCGGACAAGUGGAGAAGAAAACAGAGCAAGAACAAGAGAAGGUUUAGCGACGAACAAAUACGGUCCCUAGAGGUGACCUUCGAGUCAGAGACAAAGCUCGAGCCCAGAAAGAAGGCCCAGCUGGCGAAGGAGUUGGGCCUGCAGCCCAGACAGGUGGCCAUAUGGUUCCAGAACAAAAGGGCCCGCUGGAAGUCAAAGCAGAUCGAGAAAGAGUACGGCGUUUUGUUGUCUAGUUACAACAAUUUAGCUUCCCAGUUGGAGUGCUUGAAGAAAGAAAACCAGUCCUUGCUUGUGCAGUUGCAGAAUCUCAAGAAUGAAAUGGAAAAAUUGGAAGAUGAAAAUCUUUGUGAAACUCAAGGAACUGCGGGGAACAGCAGCAGCAGCAACAACAGCAAUCGAGAAUCAAACGAAUUCAAAGACAAUAAUAAUAAUAAUAAUAAUAAUAAUAAUAGCAAACGGCUCAUUGGCAUGCUUUCGGACGAGCUGUUGAAGAUGGUAGAGAGUCCAUUGACAUCUUCUGAUGGUUGGGGAACAAGCAUUGAUUCGGAUGAUCACAGUUAUGAUCAUCCGUGGUGGGAUUUCUGGUGUUGA